GUCAGUUGCUUAGGAAGUGACGCAAUCACUUUCCUGGCUCAUUGCUUAGUGCGUAUCCUGCUGUACUUUGUUCAUGCACAGAUUGGCAGCCUUCAAGUGUUCUGAAGAUGUCUUGCAUUCCAAAAUUGUUUAAGUAUGUGGAUGAACACCAGGAGCUCUAUAUUGAGCGACUGGCAGAAUGGGUGGCAGUGCAGAGUGUGUCCGCAUGGCCAGAGAAGCGAGGAGAGAUAAAGAGAAUGAUGGAGAUUGCUGCCAAAGAGAUUGAACGGCUCGGAGGAACAGUGGAACUUGUCGAUAUUGGGAAACAAAAGCUUUCAGAAGGAGCUGAGAUCCCCCUGCCUCCAAUCAUUCUUGGAAAACUGGGCUCAGACCCAAAAAAGAAGACUGUGUGUAUCUACGGCCAUCUGGACGUCCAGCCGGCUGACAUUGACGAUGGCUGGGACACUGAGCCCUUCACACUGGUGGAAAAGGAUGGAAAGCUUUUUGGAAGAGGGUCCACUGAUGACAAAGGACCUGUGCUGGCUUGGUUAAACUGCAUAGAAGCUUAUCAAAAAACACAACAGGAGCUUCCAAUCAACAUCAAGUUCUGCUUUGAAGGAAUGGAGGAGUCUGGGUCAGAAGGGCUUGAUGACCUUAUUUUUGCUCGCAAAGACUCUUUCUUCAAGGGAGUUGACUAUGUCUGCAUUUCUGAUAACUACUGGCUGGGCAAAAACAAGCCUUGCAUCACGUACGGACUCAGGGGCAUCUGCUAUUUCUUCUUGGAGGUAGAAUGCAGUGACAAGGACCUUCACUCGGGUGUUUUUGGAGGUUCAAUGCACGAAGCCAUGACAGACCUCAUUGCCCUGAUGGACAGUCUUGUAGAUAAGAAAGGUAAGAUUCUUAUCCCUGGGAUUUAUGAGGCAGUGGCUCCACUAACUGACGAAGAGAAGAAUUUGUAUGAAAAAAUCGACUUUGAUAUGAAGGAGUACUGCAGAGACGUGGGAGCCUGCAAGCUUCUGCAUGACACAAAGGAACAAAUUCUGAUGCACCGCUGGAGAUACCCAUCCCUCUCCCUGCACGGCAUUGAGGGAGCUUUCUCUGCUUCAGGAGCCAAAACCGUCAUUCCCAGGAAAGUGAUUGGAAAAUUCUCCCUUCGUCUGGUGCCUGACAUGGACCCAAAUGUCGUAGAGAAACUGGUUGUUGAUCAUUUGACCAAAAAGUUUGCUGAACAAGACAGUCCCAACAAGAUGAAGGUGACUAUGGGUCAUGGAGCAAAGUCCUGGGUGUCUGACUUCAACCACCCCCACUAUGUAGCUGGCAGGAAGGCCAUCAAAACAGUCUUUGGUGUGGAGCCGGACCUAACAAGAGAAGGAGGAAGCAUUCCUGUCACCCUGACUUUCCAAGAAGCCACGGGUCAAAAUGUCAUGCUGCUACCACUCGGAGCUUCGGACGACGGAGCGCAUUCCCAGAAUGAGAAGAUCAACAGGUCUAAUUACAUACAGGGAAUCAAACUACUGGGAGCAUAUUUCCAUGAAGUGUCUCUUCUAGAGUGAUCUCAAUCAGGAUUUUGCAGCUGUAAACAGUUUAUCCAGUUCUUUUAAUUCAACCAUAUUCUGUUUAACCAUGAAUGACAAGUAAAUGACAAAUGAAAAUACUAGAACCAGUACUGAAUUUUCCUUUUCUUAGUAAGUAGAGCAGAACCCCUCAUACUGUACCAGCUGAGUUAAAGUCCUGUGAAGCCAUAAAUAUUUCCGAGCCUUUUGUUUGCGUUUUUCGCCUAUGAAAUAAAAAACGCAAACAUUUUUGGCACAAAAUCAAAUUCCAAUUUAAAAGCAUCAUUUGUAACUGGUGUUUAUGGGAAACAUCUUUUGGACUUGCAGUCAGCUGGAAAUGUAUAAAUAGCUUUAAAAAAUAGAGGUUUCAAUAGUCCUCAAUCAUAGGAGGAGGAGGUGGUUUGUAAGUGUACACUACUUUUAAACUUGUUUUUUUGCCAUCAAAAUAUUGCUGCUUCAAAAUAUUUUUGGCUGGUCCUCAAGGUGGUCUGUUUAUUAAAUGCAGAAUUAAAUCGGUUCACAUGUCUUUUACAAACCUUUAAAAGCAUAUCAAGUUAAUAAAAUGUAGAGCUACUUUUGUAUCUGAUCUUGUUUCCCUAUUGAAUCAGGUUAUUUGUCUGUAUCUACUUACUACUCUGUAUAUUCUGUGUAAUAAAUCUAUCAGACAUAGCAAGGCAGUUAUACAUGCUGCUGGUGCUUAUUAAAAAUA